AUGGCCCCAAGCAAAGACAGCGUCCCCUCCGGCGACGUCUCGGACAACUCGUACAUGAGCAGGCCCAGCGACCCGGUGCCCGUCGUCGGCGACGCCCAGGAGGUCGAGUCGUCCAUCAGGCCAGGACAGGAGGAUUCCGAUGCUACUCUUGAGCGUGAUGACAAGGACGCCAUCGACACCAGCAACAUCAUCGACGAGCCCAGGCCCAAGCCGGGCAAGGGCGCCCUGGCUGAGAAGGACUAUAGCGACGAGGAGCUCGUCCAGGAGGGCGACCAGCCUUGA